AUGAUGAUUGAGGCCACUGAUAUCGAUUAUCUAAGAACCUUGUCUAUUAAUAUUAGUAGAUGUAAAAGUUCUCACUCAACAAUAUCUGAUGCACCAUCAAUAAUUGAUAUUAUUGAUAAUACUACUCUAACAAAGGCACCUCAAGAUCAGUAUAGUUUAUUUAAGAAAUCCAUAAACCCUGUUAAUGCUGACGUUGAGUUUGCCCCAUCCUAUAAUAGUAAAGAAUUUCAUACUAUUAAUGCCAACAUUGAAACUGGUGCAUCCUAUAAUAGUAAAAAAUAUAAUACUACUAUUGAAGAUUAUUAG